GGCAAUCCAUCGGGAAACGUUGAUGGCGCUCAGAACCCUCGGAGCCUUCUCCUCCUCCUCCAACGCUUCUACUACUCCACCCGCUCUCUGCCCUCACAAGCCCUCAUCGCUCCUCCCCUUCGUCCCUCUUUCACCUCCUCCUCUUCCUAUUCGCUUCCAUCUCCCACCCCUCAAAGCCCAAGCAACUCCCCGAUGCUCCUCGUCCUCUUCCGCCUCCAUUACCUCUCCGUCGCCCAUCUUUCUCCCCCAUCUCCAAGCCGAUGAAGAGGAGAGCGAAUUUGACCAGGGAGGACCAGCAGCAGAAGAAGGAAACAUCGAUGAAGAAGCAGAGGAGGAGGAGAAAGAGGACGAUGAGGCCUCCGACCCCAUUCUCGAGUUCUUCAGGUUCCGCUCCUCCUCCUCGGCCGAUGACCCCAAGCAGGACGGCCGCCUCUCCCUACAGAGGAACCGUCGCACGUCUUGGCACAUCGCCAACAUCGACUCCGCCGACCUUGACCACGACGGCCUCGAGGACGAAGGACAAGUGCUCGAGCCGCCGUCGCCGUCGCCGCCACAACCGGCCGAAGAUGGAGUCGUGGCGGAGAUCUUGGGCGUCGCGAGGAGCCUCCCGGAGAACGCCACGCUAGGGGAACUCUUGGGUCCUUACGCCGGGAGGGUCGGGGAAGGGGAGUGUAUCGAGCUGCUUGGGAGGAUGGGGGAGGAGGGCUUGCCUUGGGGGUGCCUUUAUCUGUUUCAGUGGAUGGGGUUGCAGGAGCCGUCGCUGGUGACGCCGCGGGCUUGCUCGGUGCUGUUCCCGGUACUGGGUAGAGCGGGCAUGGGGGACAAGCUGAUGGUUCUCUUUCAGAACUUGCCCAAGGGGAAGAGAUUCAGGGAUGUAUGCGUCUAUAACUCUGCCAUAUCUGGCCUUGCAUCCUGCGGGAGAUAUGAUGAUGCCUGGAAAGUGUAUGAAGCACUUGAAGUCAACAACAUCAAACCAGAUCAUGUAACUUGUUCUGUUCUGAUAACCAUCAUGAGGAAAAAUGGUAAGCACUCAAAGGAUGCCUGGGAAUUCUUUGAAAGGAUGAACAGAAAAGGUAUCAAAUGGAGUUUGGAACUCAUUGGCACUCUUAUUAAAUCCUUCUGUGAUGACGGGCUGAAAAAGGAAGCUCUCAUCAUUCAAGCAGAAAUGGAAAGGAAAGGAAUUUCAGCCAACAUCAUAAUUUACAACACCUUGAUGGAUGCCUAUAGUAAAUCCGACCAGGUUGAGGAGGCAGAAGGUCUCUUUCAUGAGCUGAAAGAAAAGGGACUAAAGCCAACUACAGCAACGUACAACAUUCUAAUGAAUGCCUAUAGCAGAAGAAUGCAACCUGAAAUAGUUGAAUCUUUAAUAACUGAGAUGCAAGGUUUAGGCUUGAAACCAAAUGUAAAAUCAUAUACCUGCCUCAUAAGUGCCUAUGGAAGACAGAGGAAAAUGAGUGACGUGGCAGCAGAUGCAUUUUUGCGGAUGAAAAGGGCUGGAAUUAAACCCACGUCACACUCAUAUACUGCUUUGAUUCAUGCAUAUUCAGUUGGUGGAUGGCAUGAAAAAGCAUAUGCCGCAUAUGAGAAUAUGAAAAGAGAGGGGAUAUCACCCUCAAUAGAAACAUACACAGCUCUGCUUGAUGCAUUCAGGCGAGCUGGUGAAACUGAUAAAUUAAUGGAGAUAUGGAAAUCCAUGAUCAGCAACAAAGUUGAAGGUACAAGAGUUACAUUUAACAUUAUUCUAGAUGGUCUGGCUAAACAUGGUCUUUAUGUUCAAGCAAGAGAUGUGAUACAUGAAUUUGGAAAGCUUGGCUUGCAGCCAACAGUCAUGACCUACAAUAUACUGAUGAAUGCAUAUGCACGGGGAGGGCAACACUGCAAGUUACCACAGUUGCUGAAAGAUAUGAGUGCCCUCAAUUUGAAGCCUGACUCUGUAACUUAUUCGACAAUGAUAUAUGCAUAUGUUCGUGUACGUGAUUUUACUAGAGCAUUCUAUUAUCACAAGCAAAUGGUCAGAAGCGGGCAGGUGCCUGAGGCCAGAUCCUAUCAGAAAUUGCGGGCUAUUUUGGAUGUCAAAGCUGCAACAAAAAAUCGGAGGGAUAGAAGUGCUAUACUUGGAAUACUGAAUAGCAAAUUUGGUUUGAAACCGAAAAAAGGCAAGGAUGAAUUCUGGAAAAACAAAAAGAAGAGAUCUAUUAUGACCAGGGUUGUUGGUGAUAAAAAAUAAUCUAGUGAAAUUCUCCUUCAAAUUAUAAUCGAAUGACUUGGUUCUUGUUGGGACUGAUAACUACAUCUGCUUGGUUUCAUUGGUUAUAUGUUCUUUCCACCUCAUGCGUGCAUCCGUUCCUGACUUGGUGUGUCAUCUAAAAACAAUUAUAUCAAAUGAGAUGGCACACCAUUCCAAACAACUAGAUGACAGAGUUAGGGAAUUUUCUUGUGAACCACUGCAAGUGAUUAUGGUUAUUCAUGGUCGUCCUAUUUUUAUGAAAAUAUGGCAUUGCCUUGUUGAUCAUUUUUAUGGUGGUGCAAUACCUUUCAGGGUUUAGAAUAUCAUGAGGACGUGAAAAUUUUGUUUGUUCCAGCUGUAUGGUGACUUCAUUCCGUUGCUCUGUGACCUUGAGAGAAGCUCACUAUUGCCCGCGCUCCAUGAUUCUGGAGUUGUGAGAUAUAUAUUAUGAACUUGGUUGUCUUCAGUGUUAUACUGUAAAGCUGAUUAAAUUAAUCCCAAUCAGCUGCAAAGAAGUUGAUUACCCCGUGGCAGUUGCAGUGCAUAUGUGGUUAAGAAUUAGUGUAAUUUCAAUCAAUGUUAAUUAAGUUGAUACCAGAGUCUGUAAGAAUAAUUUUUGGAUUAAGAAGGGAAAGAAGCUGUGAUGGUUCUGACAGUUGUGAGACCUUGCAUCACUUGGGAUUAGGGCAAACUUGUUAUCAUAUAUGUGUGUUAUUGUCUUUGUAAGUGAGUUUGUAUCAUCUAACACUUGGUAUCUUCUGUUCCGUGUGAUUAGAUUCUACAUCUCAAUGCUCAUUGUUGUGUGUGCUUCGUA